CUGAAACCUCUAAUAGUUUAUUCCACUGGUGACAUUGCUGCAGCUGGUUUCUUCAUCAUGAUGUAAUAGAAAAGCUAACAUUAUCUUAAAGGUUUCCACCUCAGCCUCAGUUUUACAAAUAAAAUGAACCAAACUCUCUGUUCAGCUUUACAAAUCACUAGCAGGCCCUGAUGCAGAUUCUUCUAGGACCACGAUCUAAAUGUCAGAGCACAUAUUUGGUCAUGUUCACUGGAAGUCCAGAGUAGCUGCUGGUGUAAAAAUAUUGCGCAUGAAUUUAGUAACAGCCAUUUCCUAUACAGCUAAAAGGAAAUAGCUUGUUUCAGGAAACAGUGAGUCGUCUUUUGCUAAUGAAAUCACACCAUCAUGUCAGAGGAUCUGAAUAAGAGCCCAUCCAUGGACGUGGACAUUGCUUUUCUCAAAUCAAAGAGGGGAAUCCUUAAAGUAGCAGAGAUGGUGACUCUUUUUGUAGCCUUUGUGUGUUUCACUGUAGCAGCCACACCAAAGUACACUACAGCCACAGUGUUGGAGUUUCUGAUCACUUUACUUCUGUUGCUGCUGUAUGUGCUCAAACUCAACAAGAGGCUGACUUUCUUCUUUUGGCCUCUCAUUGAUAUGUUCAAUUCAGUGUUUGCAACAUUCUACUUUACUGUCUUGAGCCUGAUGGCUUUGGCUACAUACACUGUCACAGGCACACUGGUUGGAGGGAUAGUUGGUUUAAUGUCAGCUGGGUUGCUGUUUGUGGACAGCUACACGCUUUUCAAGAACAUCACAUUCAACAACCUAAGACGUGAAGCCCAGAAUCAAAACAAUGAAUGAAUAAAUCUAUUACAGUAUUCAUUAACAAGUUCUAAAUAACUGCGUAUUGUAUUAUAAGAGUUUAUUACAGGCCUACACUGUGUUUCUAAAUGUUUCAGCCACUUCAAAGUUUGUGCCAGUUUUUUAAAAUAUAUUUAAGAUUCUAUCUGUAAUUCAAAUGUAUGCUGAAAUAUGUUUAUAUAUUUUCAAAAUGGAUACACAUCUUGUGAAACAACAAAUAUCAAUAAAGAUUUUUCUUUGCCUUGAGA